AUGGAGUCGGCGCCGGUCCAGAGCUACAGCGGCGCCGGUCAGUCGUCGCCCGCGGCUGGCCAUCCGUCGCGCUCCGCACCGCCGCCCGUGCAUGUCCCGCCCAUGGCCGAUGCGCCGACGAGGGUACGCACGACGCCGACCGACCGCAGCAACAAGGCGUCGGCCGCGCUGUCGCUGGACUCGAACGACGACUUUAACACGUCCGAGCUCUUGAACCUGCUGUACGCGUUCCACAACGCCAACACGGCCGACGAAGUUGUGCUCGUGCUGCAAGCGCUCUUUGGCUGGUUCCAGGCGCAGACGUUCCAUCCAACGCUGACGCCGCCGGAAGCCACAGGUCCGUUUCUGCCGAUCCAAAUGCUGCGGGAGGCCAAGAACGAGUUUGUACAAUGUGCACAGAUAAAGCAAAGUCGGCAGCCGUACGUAUGGACCAACGUCGUUGCAAAGCAGUAUGCGAUCAUCCUUCAGCACCUCCUCGUGGCCAUCCAAGCUCAAGCGCAGAUCCGCGCCCCGUCCGCGACACCGCCGCCGCACGCACUCCAGAGCCAGCUCAACAAUAGCAUUCACGAAGCGCACGCGCAGUACUCGAAGCAGCAGCAAAGCCGACAAGCAACGCCACAGCACGUCAUGCACUCGUCGGCGUCGUCCUUGGCGACGCCACCCGUGCACGCGCCCAGCAUUAGCGUGCAAGCCGCGACGCCGACCAACACGACGCCUCGAAAGCUCGACUUUGGCCCGAAUUCAUCGACGUCCUCGUCGUCGCUCGUGGUCAAGGUGCCCAAGAAAAAAGCGCUCGAGUCCAAGCCCAAGGUGGUGCAAGCAACCGCGCCGCGCCCGUCUGGUCCCAUCAGUGAAAGCCCUUUCUUUGUCGACAUGACGAUGCGGCAUGCAACGCCCGGCGCCGACGACGACCACCUGUACAUUCCGGUGCGCAGCAUCAACAAGGUCAUGAAGGCCGCGCUGCCAAAGGAGUCCAAAAUCAAGAUCGCCGAGGAUGCCAAAGAGCUCAUGCAAGAGUGCGUGACCGAGUUUCUUCUCUACUUGACGAGCGAGACGCGGGACCAAGCGAUCGUCAACAAGCGCGGCAAAACGACGCUGACAGGGUCGGACGCACUGCGAGCACUGUACAACCUCGGGUUCACGCCGUAUGGCGACAUCCUCGGCCUCUACAACGACAAGAUCAAGGUCAUCCAGGAAGAAGCCGCCAAAGUCAAGGUCGAGAAGCGCGCGGCCAAAAGCCAAUCCACAACGACCAAUGGUGUGCUGGGAAGUGCGCCCGCCGCCGACCUCGUCAAGACCGAGCACCUUAUCGUUCCCUCCAGUAGCACCAGUAGUACGAGCACGCCGCAACUGUAGACGCGGUGAAUACAGGACACACACUCUUGAU